AUGACCAAUACAGGUAGAGCGAUUAUUAGAAUAGCGCCAGAUACAGCGAUGCCUGCAGCUUAUCCCGGUUCAAGUUCAUCCCCCAUCUUGUUUAAAAACUACUCUACAACCCCCCCCCUGCACAGCAACGAAAUACGUACCUCCAACCUCGAACACCUUCGGCCAACCGACAAGAUGUAA